UGCAAUUGCAAUGUACCAUAUAGAGAACUCCUAAAUAAACAAAAUAAAAAACAUUCUCUUCUCUCCCAUUUCCCCUCUUAUAUAUCUCUUCUCUCUUCUAUUUCCUCUCGAUUAUUAUUAUUUUUUUCUUUCACAUUUUCUUUUGUUAUCUACUUGUGCUUUUUAUAAAUGUAUUGUUCUGCUUCUCUUUUCAUUUGAUCACAGAAGCAGCAGAACAUAAUUUGACUUUCCACACAAGUCUAGUUCUGUGGCCAGGUUAAUAUUUCCAUUUCAGAUGAAGCAUACCUAGUCACAUGAAAAGCUAAAAAAAGUUGUUUGUUAGUUUUGAGAUCUAGGAACUGGUUUUUCUUUACUCUCUAGAGUAGAGUAACUCACAUUGUUUUGCGUGGACCAGAAGCAAAACAUAACAAUUUAUUACAAAACAAAAACAAAUAUUCCUGUUUCUUAACAAAGUUGAUUCCUUUAAACUCUUUUGUAUCUAUUAGUGUUUGUCUUCAACCAUUGUUCACAUCUUUGUCUUUCUCAUUCUUCUCUUUUGUUUUUGUCAAAAACUACUAUUUCAAAUGGAUCGUUUUUCUUCUACUACUAUCCCUUUUGCAUUACAAGGAGCAAAAGAUGACCUAACCAUGCAGAUUUCUUUGAUUUGGAGCCAAAUCAAAGCUCCAUUAAUCGUUCCAUUACUAAGAAUAUCAGUGUUUUUGUGUUUGAUAAUGUCGGUGAUGAUGUUCAUUGAGAGGGUUUAUAUGGGUGUUGUCAUUACUCUUGUGAAGCUAUUUGGAAGAAAACCUGAAAAACGUUACAAAUGGGAACCGAUUAAGGAUGAUAUUGAGUUAGGGAACUCUUGUUAUCCUAUGGUUCUUGUUCAAAUACCUAUGUACAAUGAAAGAGAGGUUUAUCAAUUGUCAAUUGGAGCUGCAUGUGGUCUUUCAUGGCCUUCUGAUAGGAUCAUUAUACAAGUUCUUGAUGACUCCACUGACCCAACAAUCAAGGAGUUGGUGCAACUAGAAUGCCAAAGAUGGGCAAGCAAAGGAGUGAAUAUAAAGUAUGAAGUUAGGGACAAUAGAAAUGGAUACAAAGCAGGGGCUUUAAAAGAAGGAAUGAAGCAUAGCUAUGUGAAGCAAUGUGAUCAUGUUGCAAUAUUUGAUGCUGAUUUUCAACCAGAGCCUGAUUUUUUGUGGCGUACCGUACCAUUUAUGGUGCAUAAUCCUGAAAUUGGGCUUAUUCAAGCUCGUUGGAAAUUUGUGAAUUCGGAUGAAUGUAUGAUGACUAGAAUGCAAGAGAUGUCACUAGAUUACCAUUUUACUGUGGAACAAGAAGUGGGGUCUUCCACUUAUGCCUUCUUUGGCUUCAACGGGACUGCGGGAGUGUGGAGAAUUUCGGCGCUGAACGAGGCUGGUGGAUGGAAGGAUAGGACCACAGUUGAAGAUAUGGACUUGGCUGUUAGAGCUAGUCUCAAAGGGUGGAAGUUCUUAUACUUGUCAAACUUGAAGGUUAAAAAUGAACUGCCGAGUACUUUCAAGGCCUACCGUUACCAACAGCAUCGUUGGUCUUGUGGACCAGCCAAUCUUUUCCGAAAAAUGGUCUUGGAGAUUAUUAGAAACAAGAAAGUGUCCUUGUGGAAGAAGAUACAUGUAAUUUACAGUUUCUUCUUUGUUCGGAAAGUGAUAGCACACAUCAAUACGUUUGUGUUUUAUUGCAUUGUUCUACCUGCAACAGUUUUGGUACCUGAAGUUGCAGUCCCAAAAUGGGGAGCUGUUUAUAUUCCUUCAGUUAUCACUCUUCUUAAUGCAGUUGGAACUCCAAGGUCACUCCAUUUACUCGUCUUUUGGAUUCUAUUUGAGAAUGUCAUGUCUCUGCAUAGAGCAAAGGCAACUGUUAUUGGUCUACUGGAGGCUAGUCGAGUGAAUGAAUGGAUUGUCACUGAGAAACUUGGAGAUGCUCUCAAGGCUAAAGCAGGGACUAAAGCACUCAAGAAGCCUCGAUUCAGGAUUGAAGACAGGAUUCACUUGUUAGAACUUGGCGUUGGAAUGUAUCUCUUCUUUAUCGGCUGCUACGAUGUCAUGUUUGGGAAAAACCACUUCUUCAUCUUUCUCUUUAUCCAAGCAAUCGCCUUCUUCAUCAUGGCAUUUGGAUAUGUCGGAACCUUCGUUCCCAACUGAAGAAGGACUUGGUGAUUCUUCAAUCAGCAAUUUCAUCUUCUGUUGAUUCAAUAUUGAACACGUUGUAAUAUAUUGCGUUUUCAGCAUACUUCUCGUAAAUUAUAGCUUGUUAGUUUAAAGGAAAAGAUUGUUAUUCUUUGAGGUUUUGCAUAAGGGUCAGUGACUCUUGAAGAGUUUAGUUUUCUUGUGAAUAUUCAAAAAAGACAGAAAAUAUAUGAAGUCCUUCUCAUGGAAGAUAAGUCCACAGAACAAGAACAAGGCAGCAGUCUACUGACAUCGAUCCUUAGGGAAGCAAUAAUGUUGUAUUGGAUGGAUUGUUUAUAAUAAGAUUUUGUAGUUCAUUUUGAUUUCAUUUUUUUUCUUGAAGUUGUAUUUGUUGGAAAAAUAAGUCGCUUCAAGAAAUUGAUAAAAUACAUAAAGUUCCAUUUUGCAUAAUA